AUGUUAAAAAAUUAUAACAUAACUAGAAAUUUUCAAAUUUAUCAAAUAUUUGUUUUUUAUCUUAAACCUGUACAAACGGGUUAUCCCGUUGAUAGUGAUUCAAGACUAUUAGAAACAUUUAUAUCAUCGUCGUCGUCAAGAAGAUUUAGAUCAAAAUCUUUAUUUAAAUAUGAGAAACCCGUUAGUCCACAUAUUGCAGCAGUAACUGAUAAAAACGAGAUACCGAGUGAUGAAAAAUUAUUGCUUGAAAUUAAAAAUUUUAUUUCUGAAAGUUCAAAAGAAGAAACAAAUGAUAACAGUAAUGGAAUUCUAUUUCUAGAAACAGCAGGAGGUGUUAAUAGUCCAAUUAUGUCAGGAACUUUACAAUCUGAAUUUUAUAGAUCAUUAAGAUUACCAACAAUUUUAAUAGGCGAUGGAAAUUUAGGAGGAAUAUCAACAACAAUAUCAUCAUUUGAAUCAUUAUAUUUACACGGAUAUGACAUCCCGUUAAUUUUAUUAUUUGAAGAUACAAAAUAUGAAAAUGACAAAUUUUUAACAAAAUACUUUGAUAAAAAUUUUCCAGAUUUAAAAAUUAUAAAAAUAAGAAAACCACCAGAAAAACACCCCGAUCAAUUUCAGGAUAUUAAACAAUUAACCAAAUAUUUUUCGAGUGUUGAUAAUGAAUUUGCUAAUACUGUAAAAUAUUUAAAUUCAUGGCAUAACAAAAAGUUUGAUAAAUUAGAAGAAAUGAAAUCGAAGGCAAAAGAAAUUGUUUGGUGGCCAUUUACUCAACAUCAAUUAGUAGAUAACGUUACACUGAUAGAUUCAGCGUAUAAAGAUUCAUUUACUACAUAUGAUGGCAAUAAAAUGAAUGAAUUAUUUGACGGAUCUGCGAGUUGGUGGACUCAAGGUGUUGGACACGGAUCUUCAAAGUUAUCGUUAGUGGCAUCUCAUUCAGUGGGAAGAUAUGGACAUGUAUUAUUUCCUGAAUGUAUAAAUGAAACAGCUUUAAAUUUAUCGGAAACUUUAUUAAAUACGACCGGUAAAGAUUGGGCAAAAAAAGUUUUUUUUAGUGAUAAUGGAAGUACAGCAAUGGAGGUAGCAUUGAAAAUGGCAUUGAGAUCAACCAUUAAAAAAUAUUACAAUGAUAAUCCUAAUUUAGACUUAAAAAUAUUGGGACUGGAUGGUAGUUAUCAUGGUGAUACAAUUGGAGUAAUGAAUUCUUCUAGUUAUUGGAUUAACCCACCUAGAAUAUUAAUGAAAAAUAACGAAUAUCAUAUACUGAUUCCAUCAUCAUUCACUGAAACUACAAAAUUCAACAACUCAAAUACUAUCAAAUAUACAUCUCUAUCAUCGUUAUUUUCUGAUGAAAGAUUAAUCAGCGAUCCAAUAUCGUAUUUUUAUACAAAUUAUAUUAAAAAAUAUUUAACAAACUUGGUAAUUCAUAAUAAUGUUAAAUUUGGUGCUUUAUUAAUUGAGCCUAUUGUUAUGGGAGCAGGUGGAAUGAUGUUUGUUGAUCCAUUAUUUCAAAAAUGCUUAAUCAAUUUCAUUAGAAACUGGGAUUAUUGGAAAAUAGGAGUGGAUGGUGGUGGUCGUCGUGACGAUGACAAUAAUGAUUGGAAAGGAAUACCAAUAGUAUUUGAUGAAGUGUUUACUGGGUUUUGGAGAUUAGGGUAUAAAAGUGCGUCAUAUGCAAAACUAUUAACUGGUGGAUUAUUACCAAUGGCUGUAACAUUGGCAAAGUCAUCAAUAUUUGAUAGUUUUCUGGGUGAUUCAAAAACUGUCGAGAAAAUAUCAUGUUUACCAACUGUUGAGGGCACAUUUGCAUUAGGAACAUUGUUAUCAAUUGAAUUAAAAGACAAGGAGAGCGGGUACGCGUCAAAUAUUGCAUCAUCAAUAAUACAAAAACUUAGAAAAUCUAAUAAUGAUGAUAAUGAUGAUAGUUUGCUAAUAUUUAGUAGACCGUUAGGAAACGUAAUAUAUUUCAUCAGUUCAUUAACGACAGAUUUAGAAACCAUUAAGAAAGUUGAAAAUAAAAUAUUAAAUUGUUUAACCAUUUAA